CCUUGCCCCGCUAGGGAUGCCGUCGCGCCGCUCAGGGGAAACCGCUGAUCUCGAAAAUCCGUCUGCUUGACAACGAAACGAUGUACCGUGGCACCCAGGCAGGCCUUGACCCGCUUGAAAUGCUCAUACAUUCUCCUCGUUUAUUCGCCCGUUCGCAAAUGAUCGGUUCAUUGUGUGUGCAUAAGGCAUCCAGUGGGAAUGUUGACGUCGACAUGGAUGCACGCGACGCUACUGGUGCGCGCGGUCGGUGCGGUGUCGAGGGCAGCGCGGUAUGAGUCCGAGCAAGUGAAGACCGAAUGUCUAGAAGGAGUGUCUGACAAAGUAUAUGUACA